AUGACGGCGGGCUUUCGUGCGGAGACGCCUGGGAUGGUGGAGGUGCUUGUUCCCGGUCAGUUUGCUGAGGAAGCGAAGCUGCUGAUUGAGGAGCAAGAAGAGGGGGUUCUUGAGUAUCCGGAGGGGGCAGAGAUUCCUCGUUCGAUGACCGAGGCGGAAGCGGAGUACACUCGGCUCAAUCCGAUCCAAGCGGUCCAAUCUCGUGGUGUGGCUCCUUCGGCGCUUGUGCGCACUCCCGGCGAGUAUGAACCUGCCGAGGGGAUCAUCAUGGCAUGGGAGGGUUCGAAUGCUUGGAAGAGUAUCCUCGCUCAGAUGACGCGUGAGAUCACGACGACGGGUGAAGCGAAGGCGUUCAUCUUUGUCGAUACUGCUUCAGAGUUGACGACGGCAUCGAACCAGGUUGCGGCUCAGGGCGCGGAUAUGUCGCGCGUGCAGUUUGAGAUCAAGCGCACCGACACGAUCUGGGCGCGUGAUUAUGGUCCUCGGUACAUCUUCCUUGGUUCGCAGGCAGACGGGACUGGGGGCGUGCGUGCGAUGGUUGAUCACACGUACAACCGUCCUCGUCCUAAUGACAACUCGCUUCCUUCGUACUGGGCGAAUGAACGGGAUGAGCCGUAUUUCUUGAUCCCGCUUGUGCAUGGUGGUGGGAACUAUCACCUCGAGACUGGUAAUCCGGCGGGUGUUGGUCACGCGACGCGGUUGAUUAACAAUGAGAAUCCUGGAUUGACUGAGGCGCAGAUCAUCCAGCUUUGGAGUGAGUACCAGAAUCUGACGACGACGAUGUACACGCCGUAUCCGGCGUCUGUGGAUAGCACGCAGCACAUUGAUAUGUGGAUGAUCAUGCUUGCUGAUGACAAGGUCAUGAUCUCUGAAUGGGUCAAUGAACCGAGCGCAUCUUGGGCGAUCACUUCGGAUAACGCGGCCGCGGACUUUGCGGCUCGUGGAUUUGAGGUGUAUCGCGUGCCGGCGGUUCGAUCGGGCGGGACGCACUAUACCUUUACCAAUGCGGUGAUCUGUAAUGAUCUGGUGUUGGUGCCUCUGUAUACCAACGGCACAGCGGGACAGUUUAAUGAUGAUGCACUCGCGGUGUGGGAAUCGGCGUAUCCGGACAAGACGAUCGUGCAGAUCAACUGUCAGUCGCUGGUGACGGCGGCGGGUGUGAUGCACUGCAUUGUCAAGCAUGUGCCUGGUCCGGCCAAUGGUGAGGCGCCGGGGGUGUACAUGACGAGUCAGAACGACAGCCCGACGAUUGAUCCGGGUGAACUGGUGCAGACGACCUGGUUGUUUGAUUCGCCGGAUGGUGUGACUACGGCGGAUCUGCUGCUGUCGACUGAUGGAGGGGCGACAUUCCCGACGAGUCUUGGUGCAGGGUUUGAUGCGUCCACUGGCUCGUUCGCGUGGAAUGCGCCUGAUGUUGGGACGAGUGAUGCUCGCUUGCGAUUGGUGAUCCGUGAUGGCGAUGGGAACGAGUCGUUCGAUGAUUCUGAUCUGUCGUUUACGAUCACUGGGACCUCGUGUGCACCGGAUCUGACGGGUGAUGGGAACCUGAACUUCCUUGAUGUCAGCGCGUUCCUCGCGGCGUUCGGAGAUAUGGAUCCGGUUGCGGACUUUACGGGUGAUGGCUCGUUUAACUUCUUGGAUGUGAGCACAUUCCUCAGCGCAAUCGACAUGCACAUGCGUCCGCUUGGUCAGUCUGGUAUUGAAGCGUCCACGGUUGCGAUCGGGACAUGGGUGAUGGGCGGCUGGAUGUGGGGGGGCGCCGAUGAGAACGAUUCGAUCCGCGCGGUGCACGCGGCGCUCGAUGCGGGAAUCAACCUGCUCGACACGGCUCCGAUCUAUGGGUUCGGACAUUCCGAGUCGGUGGUGGGCAAGGCGAUCAAGGAUCGGCGCGACAAGGUCGUGAUCGCGACCAAGUGCGCGAUGGUGAUCAACGCGCCGGGGGGGCGGAGCGUCGGUCGAUCGACGGCGGCGGGUCCGAGCGAGCAUGGACACCUCGAGAUCAAGAUCUGGAACAAUCCGGAGUCGAUCCGCAACGAGGUGGAGCUUUCCCUGAAGCGACUGGGCACGGACUACAUCGAUCUGUACCAGACACACUGGCAGGAAGAGGAGACCCCGAUUGAGGACACGAUGGGGGCGCUGGUGAAGCUCAAAGAGGAAGGCAAGAUCCGUGCGAUCGGGGUGUGUAACGCGACGCCGGAGAUUAUGGAACGGUACCGCUCGGUGGGGCCGCUGGAUUCGGAUCAGGAGCAGUACUCGAUGAUCCAUCGCAAGAUGGAGGGUGGGACGUUCCAAGGGGAGGACGGGCUUCCCGAUCAGUUGGGGUACUGCAAGGAGAAUGAUGUUGCGGUGCUCGCGUACUCGCCGUUGGUGCUUGGGCUGCUGACUGGGAAGGUCGGUCCUGAGCGCGAGUUCCCCAAGUCGGACCUGCGGAGCUCGCAGAAGCGGUUCAGCAAGGCGAAUCGUCAGAAGGUGGCGGACCUGCUCAAGCAGUUCGAACCGAUCGCGGAUAAGCACGGGUGCAGCAUGGCGCAGCUGGUGAUCGCGUGGACGGUGCAUCAGCCUGGUCUGACGCAUGCGCUGGUGGGGGCGCGGACGAGCGAGCAGGCGAUCGAGAACGCGGGUGCGGGGAAGAUCACGCUCGAUGAUGAAGACCUGCACCACAAACCUGAACAGCUUCGUGCUGAUCCGCAUCCGACUGCGCGUUUGAUGACGCUCGAUGACAUCGGCGCGUUCACGGCUUUGCGUAAGGAGAUGCUGCAUGAUUCGCCUUGGGCGUUUGCGGCUUCUCCGGAGGAUGAUCUUGCGUCACAUCCGGAAGCGGUGAAGUUGUGGUUUGAUGAACCUGAGCACGAGGUCGUGGUGGUGGAUCAUCCGAGAGAUCCGGGUCGGCUGGCGUCGGCGCUGGGGAUCAAACGCGAAGAGAAGGUGAAGUUCCGUCAUCGUGCAUCGAUCUGGGGGGUGUACACGACUCCCGAUGCGCGGGGGAACGGGUUUGCUCGGAUGAUCAUGAAUCGGGCGAUCGAGAUGGCGCGUUCUUGGGAUGGGGUGGAUGUGCUUCAGCUUGGGGUGUCGGGCAACGCGCCGGCGGCGAUGGCGUUGUACCUCUCGCUUGGGUUUGUUGAGUGGGGGGUUGAACCUGAUUGUGUGCGCGUAAAUGGUGAGUCGUAUCCGGAGCAUUACCUGGCGCUGCGAUUGAACGAUUGA